AUGACCGAACCCGGCCGCGGCAGAUCCGCUCUUGUCCUCUAUGGGACAGAAACCGGCACGGCCCAAGACCUGGCUGAAGAGAUCGGCCGCACGCUUGAACGGCUUCAUUUCCAUACCGAAGUCCUGGGACUGGACGCUGUCAGCCACAGCCUCCUCCACCGAUACACUCUGACCGUCUUCGUCGUGGCCACGACGGGGCAGGGUGACUUCCCCGAGAACGCUCGACGGUUUUGGACCAGCCUCCUCCGCAAGAAGCUCGUCGCCACCACCCUCGCGGGCGUUGACUACGCACUCGCCGGCCUCGGAGACACCUCGUACCCCAAGUUCAACUGGGCCGCCCGGAAGUUGGACAAGAGGCUUCGUCAGCUCGGGGCAUCGCCCAUUGUCGAGCCGUGCGAGGCUGAUGAACAAGGCGACGAGGGAACCGAUGGCGCCUUUCUGGCCUGGCUUCAAUUGUUCCGGGAGACUAUCUUGAAGACCUUUCCUCUUGUCGGUCACCAGCAACCAAUUCCGAACGAUGUCCUGUUGCCAAGCAAAUGGCGUCUGGAAAGAAUAUCUGAUGAACCUGGCACCUCACCCGUCGCCAACGGCAUCUCCCCGCCUUCGGCUGAUCCUUCGACUUCGACCUCCUUCUCCGUGCUUUUAGAGUGUAACCAGCGAGUCACACCACCCGAUCAUUGGCAAGAUGUUCGAUUCAUGAGCCUCAAAGCCUCAACCAAAAUUGACUACAUGCCUGGCGAUGCCAUCGCCAUUUCUCCUCAAAAUAUGCCUGGGGACGUGGAAUCCCUGAUUAAUCGCAUGAGCUGGCAACAUAUUGCCGACACGCCUAUCCGGCUUGUAUCGACACGGCCGUCUUCGACCACCAGCACAACCAAUACGAUCUUUAGCCGUGCCAAUCUCACCCUCCGAGUGCUGCUCACCGAGUACCUCGACAUCAACGCCAUUCCUCGCCGCUCGUUCUUGGGCUGCAUUGCCAAUUAUACGAGCAACGACAUGCACAAAGAGCGACUUCUGGAGUUCACCGACCCGCAAUACCUCGACGAAUACUACGACUACGCGACCCGUCCCAGGCGGAGCAUCCUCGAGAUUCUGCAGGAAUUCGACUCCGUGUCCUUGCCGUGGGAGGAAGUCACCAACAUCUUCCCUCCCGUACGCCCGAGGCAGUUUAGCAUAGCGAGUGGUGGACUCUUGAAAAGCGCGGCAGAUGGCUCGACCAGAUUUGAACUGCUGGUUGCAAUCGUCAAGUACAGGACCGUCAUCAAACGCAUCAGAGAGGGUGUGUGUACGCGGUAUCUGGCGCAGCUCCCGGUGGGGACCACGCUCCAAGUCUCGUUGAAGACGGAGGGCCGCUUCUCCAAGGCUGGUGAGCUGGCCGGCCGCCGGAGCCACGUCCUAAUCGGCGCUGGCACGGGCAUCGCGCCUCUCCGCGCACUCAUCCACGAAAAGGCCGCCAUGGGCGGUCAGGUGUCGGGUAAAACGGCGCUCUUCUUCGGCUGUCGUAACGAGAGAUCCGACUAUUUCUUCCGCGACGAAUGGACGGCACUCCUCCAGGCCCCGCCUUUUUCCCUGAGCGCCAGCCUCGAAGUCAUUCCGGCGUUUUCUCGAGACCAACGAUCCAAGGUCUACGUGCAAGACCGGAUUCGCGAGCGGAGUCAGCUAAUCUGGGAGUUUCUCCGGCAAAGGGAGGCGACGAUCAUCGUGUGCGGGUCGUCCGGCCAGAUGCCCAAGGCUGUCCGUCGGGCGUUGGUCGAGGCGCUUGUCCAGCAAGGAACGACGACGGAGGACGAGGGAACCGCCUUGUCUGGAGGACGCAUGGGAAGGCCUGUAGAAGAGGAGGGAAAUGGGGAGACCGAAGAGCCGAUACGUAGCGAAGAGGACGCGGAGAAGUACCUCGCGAGGCUGGAGAAAGUGGGCAGAUAUAAACAGGAGACGUGGUAG